AUGAUAACAAUGAUGAGCUCGUUCGAUGAUUUACCUGAUUUAACAUUACUCGAAAUAUUUUCUUACUUAUCUUGUGCUGAUGCUCUCUGGUCAUUCUCUAAUCUCAACUCUCGUUUGAUAACAUUAUUAAAAGAACGAGGCUUUUAUCAUCAUCUUAAUUUAUCAUCCACUCGAAGAAAACAGUUCGAAACGAUUCUAUCUAUACUUCAAUUAAAUCAAAUAGAAUCACUCGUUAUUGAUCGUUAUGCAUCACCUCUUCAACUGCGAAGAUGGCCUUAUUUACCAAAUUUAACAACAUUACGAUUACAAGGUGUACGCAACUUUAGGGAUGUUUUCAAAUUUGCAAGAAAACAUGCAAACACAUUGUCUCAUCUUACAGUUCAAUCAAGUGGAUAUUUUCGUACAAACAAAAAACUUAAAUAUCGACUACAUUUAUUCUAUACUUUACCAUGGAUUUUUGAAGAAUUUUUUCAACUAUGUAUUUCAGAUAAAUAUAUUAGUGAAUUAGAAGUCUUUACAUCGGCUUCUCUAUUUGAUAAAGUUGGUCGUUCACAUCUUCUUAAAAUGAAUAUAGCAGAUAAUAUUCCAUCAUUAACUACUUUAUUGCCUCACGUAAUGUCUUCAAACCACGUGGUUGAACUUCAUUUAUCACAAUGUGAUGAACAGAUAUCUUCAAAUUUAACAAUUUUUGAUCAUCUUAUUCUUACAAACAGUUUUGAUUCAUUGAAUAAUUGA